AUGGCGCCUCACGAGCCUCCGCUCAAGCAAGCUCUUCGCUUCGCGCUCGACGUUGCAAACGGCCGCCAUGCAUUGUCCAAACUCAUUCCCCUCGUGCUGUGGCUCGCAGACGCCGUGCUCUGUGGCCUGGUCAUCUGGAAAGUACCAUAUACCGAAAUCGACUGGGUGGCCUACAUGGAGCAGGUUGCACAAUUCGUCGCCGGCGAACGAGAUUACACCAAGAUCGAGGGAGGCACUGGGCCGUUGGUGUAUCCGGCUGCCCACGUCUACGUAUACACGGGGCUCUAUUACUUGACGGAUCGUGGCAAGAAUGUUCUUUUGGCGCAGCAGAUUUUCGCAGUGCUGUACAUGGCUACGUUGGCUGUGGUUAUGCUGUGCUACUGGAAGGCCAAGAGGCGGCAGUGGACGAUGGGCAGCAUAGCGUACAGCUGGGGACUGGGAAUUAAGAUGUCACUGUUGCUCUCGCUGCCGGCCGUCGGCAUAGUGCUGUUCCUAGGGCGGGGCUUUGGUGGAAGUCUGCGGCUGGCGUGGCUCAUGGCGCAGAUGCAGCUUGUCAUUGCGCUUCCAUUCUUGGCCAAGAAUUGGCAGGGCUAUUUGGGCAGGGCGUUUGAGCUCUCGAGGCAGUUCAAGUUUGAAUGGACUGUCAAUUGGCGGAUGAUGGGUGAAGAAUUGUUUGUCAGCAAACAGUUUGCCAUGGUUCUACUUGUCCUGCACGCCGUGGUACUCUUGAUCUUUGUCACUUCUCGGUGGCUGCAGCCGGCUGAUCGAUCACUGGUAUCAUUGAUUUCCCCUAUGCUUCGCGGCCGGUCCCCUUUUACCCCGGCCGAGGAACUUGGAGUUUCCAGCCGAGUCACCCCCGACUAUAUCAUGACCACGAUCCUCUCGGCCAAUGUUGUCGGGUUUCUUUUUGCCAGGUCGUUGCACUACCAGUUCUAUGUUUAUCUGGCCUGGGCCACUCCGUACUUGCUGUGGAAGGCUUGGCCAUAUACUCCCGUGGUGUGCUUGUUGUGGGCAGUUCAAGAAGCGGCGUGGAAUACCUUCCCCAGCACAGACCUCAGUUCAACAACUGUAGUGAACGUGCUUCUGAUAACGGUGGUGCUGGUCUAUUUCGGCACUUCGAAGCCUGUCAAGUCGGGGGAGCGGAAAAAAGCAAAGGCUUCGAAAAAGAAUAGGUGA